GAUUUUUUAUAGAAAUAGUCAUUUUUAAUGCAUUUGUGUUUCCUACCUCUAUACUCACUUUUGGGCUCUCCUUUCCAAAGUGCCCCCUUUAAUAUUUCUUGUAGAGUUGGCUUAGUGGUCACAAGCUCCUUUAGUUUUUGUUUGUCUGGGAAACUCUACGUCUCUCCUUACUGUGAAUGAUAGCCUGGCUGGAUAGAAUAUUCUUGGCUGCAGACUUUUCGUAUUCAGUACUUUGAAUGUAUCAUGCUGCUCUCUUCUGCUUUGCAAAGUUUCUGCUGAAAAUCCCCUGCUAGCCUUAUGUGUUUUCCCAUGUAAGUUAUUAUCUUUUUUUUUACUUUACACUUUAAAAUUUUAUAUUUUUCAGUAUGUUUUGUCAACUUAAUUACAGUAUUUCUUGGUGUGGUUCUGCUUUUGUUGAUUUUGUUGGGGUUUCUCUCUGCCUCCUGGAUCUGGAUAUCUGUUUCCUCUCCCCAGAUUAGGGAAGGUUUCAUCUAUUUUUUUCUUCAAUUACAUUUUCCUCCUCCCUUUUCUCUUCUUCUGGGAUUCAGAUAAUAUGAAUGUUGUUACAUUUGAUGGAGUCACUGAUUUCCCUAAGUCUUUUCUCAUCAUGCAUAAUUCCUUUAUCUCUCUUUUCUUAAGUUUAAUGACUUUCCAUUACUCUAUCUUCUAGGUCAUUAAUUUGUUCCUCUGCUUCUUCCAGCGUGCUGAUCAUUCCAUCAAGCUUGUUUCUCAUUUUAUUUAUUGAACCCUUUGUCUCUACUAUUCCUUAUUUCUGUGUUAAGGGUCUCACUCAUGUCUCCCAUUCCUUUCUCAAGUCCAAUGAGUAUCCUUGUGGUCAUUAUUUUAUAUUCUCUAUCAGGCAUAUUACUUGUAUCUGUUUUGCUUAGAUCACUGGCCAUGACCUUGUCCUGCUCUUUCAUUUGGAAUAAAUUUCUCUGUCUUGUCAUUUUGUCUAAGUCUGUGCCUCUUUCUCUGUGUCAGGAACAUCAGCUGUGUCUCCUGUUCUUAAGGGUAUUGGCCUUAUGAAGAAUAGGUCACGUAGUGCACUGCAGUAUAGUAUCCUUCAGUGCCCAGGGCCUGGGACUUCCAGGUGUAUCUCCGCUGUGUGCUGCAUGGGCUCUUCUGUUUUCUCCGGGCUGCUUUAUCCCUCAGGCCAGUUGUCUGCAAAGGCUCACUUUGUCUGUUGUGGGCAGUUUUGGAUUCCUAGCCUGAAUGUGACAUAUUUUUACUAGGUGUACUCUGGUCCUUUGUGAAAUGAGACCUGUCACCACCACCACCUGAAUCCAGGCUCUGCAAAACCCUUGGGGAAGUACAGUGUGAGCAGGUCUUCUAGGGGUGGGGCCUACUGCAUGUGGACGGAGGCAAGGAUGAAUUGGAGGAGUAGUUCCACCCGAGUGUGUGUGGGAUGGGGUAGGGUUUGGUGUAAUUAAGUAGUGCCACCUGCAGGUGGUCCUGUGGUUUUGAGAGAUAGGGGAAGGUAAUGGCACUAUCCAGUUCCUUUGUUCUUGGAGGGGUUUUCUGUGAACACUGUCUCUCUAGAGUGCACUCUGAAAUGAAUGAAUAGCCUUCCCAUUGUGUAUCCCUGGCGCUCUUCAGAUUGCUGUUUCCACAUUGUAUGUCUGUGAGUUGUUGCCUGCCUCUGUUCCAAGAGCAGCAUGAUACCCUCCAGUCUCUAUCCCAUCCUAGCCCACUGACCUUUAAAAGUCUAGGCUUUAAGUCUGGCUCAUUGCCAGAACUCAUGAAAUUCAACCCCUCUCACCUUCUAAGGCAAUUGCUAUAGGGAUUUGUUUUCCCUGCAUAUUCUCCUGUGUGCUAGUCUGUCUUUCAUCCAUCUCUGCAGCCACAGCUCCCUUCCCAUCACAAUGGCCACAACCUGUUUCCCUCCCGAACCACAGCUCUGCACUAUUUUGAUGUGACCUCUCCUCUACUGUUAGCUGUGCAGUUGUUCUGCCAGUCUUUAGGUCAAUUUAUGGGGGUAUUUAGAAUAAUGUGAUAGUUAUCUAGUUGUAUUCAUGCGACAAGGGGAACUUAUGGUCCUCCUACUCUGCCACCAUCUUCCAACCUCUGUAACUUCUUUUGUUCUAUAUGAUUGGUGCUUUUUUAUUUGAUUUCUGCCUAAGAAAUCUUCAUUUCUCCUCAGGUCAUGAUGCCUUUGUCCUGUGUUUUCUUCUAGUAGUUUGUAGAUUUAGCUUUUACCUUUAGGUCUGUAAGCUAUUGAGUUAACUUUUGGGUAUAGCUGAGGCAUGAAUCAAGGUUCAAUAUUUUCCCUACUGAUAUCUAGUUGAUGCAGCACCAUUUAUUAAAGUGACUUCCUCAUUGAAUUAUACUGCCACUUCAGCCCAUGAUUUGACUGUACAUGUAUGGUUCUAUUUCUGAACUGUGUUGUGUUUCAUUGUAUAUGUCUAUCCUUAUGCCAGUGCCACACUGUCUUGAUUAUGUAGUUUUAUAGUAAAAUUUACAAUCAGAUAGUAUAAGCCCUACAACUUUGUUCCUCUUUUUCAUUUAUUUUUGGGACAGAGAGAGACAGAGCAUGAACGGGGGAGGGGCAGAGAGAGAGGGAGACACAGAAUCGGAAACAGGCUCCAGGCUCUGAGCCAUCAGCCCAGAGCCCGACGCGGGGCUCGAACUCACGGACCGCGAGAUCGUGACCUGGCUGAAGUCGGACGCUUAACCGACUGCGCCACCCAGGCGCCCCAUUGCACAUUUUUUUAAAGUUGAAGCAUUAAUUAAUUAGUAAAGGACAUAGUGAUGCACUCUAUUUUUGCUGUUUGCAGCAACUUCUAUUGUUGCUCUAGGAGCAUGCAUGAAAGGAAGCCAUUUUUCCAUGGUAUAAUCCAAAAGCUAAAUAAACUAGAUGACUAUUUUUGUGUUAGAAAGUCAUAUUUAAGGAUAUUUCUGAUGCACUUACAUAACUUAAUGGAAGAUUUCAAAAGCUACAAGUCCAUGGUUGGACAGCAUCACUGCCAAUUGAUGUUAUCAUCCUGACAAGUCUUUUUUGUAUUCGCACAACAUUUCUUUGUUUUAUAGUUCUGCUGUUAUAAACAGUCAUUCAACUCUCAGCACCCAGGGGUUCCAAUGUGAGACAAAUACCCCUACAACUUAACUAUUAGGAUCACUGCAGCCCAUACGUAGGAGUGGAGGAGAGGACAUGUGAGCGUAGCCAAACAAACAAAAAAUCCUCAGUGUUCUACAAUUCUGUGGCUCUCUGUUCUUGCUGAUCCCAGAGGACUUGAAGUGUCCUGGGAAGCAGCUGGGAAACAGAAUGUGGGCAUAAGCUUGAAUGAGUUCCUCCUGAUGUAAGGUACUUCCUAUUUAACAGACAUUGUGUGGUGGGCAGGCACAAUUGCAAUGGCUGUUGGCCAGAUUGGAAACUUCCUGGCUUACACGGCGGUCCCCACAGUCCUGGUGACUCCACUGGGUGCCCUUGGAGUGCCGUUUGGGUCCAUUUUAGCUUCUUAUCUUCUGAAGGAAAAGCUCAACAUCUUGGGCAAGUUGGGAUGUCUGCUAAGCUGUGCAGGUUCUGUUGUACUGAUUAUCCACUCCCCGAAAUCUGAGAGUGUGACCACUCAGGCUGAGCUGGAAGAGAAGCUGACUAACCCAGUGUUUGUGGGCUAUUUGUGUAUCGUGCUCCUUAUGCUGCUACUGCUCAUCUUUUGGAUUGCACCAGCCCAUGGGCCUACCAACAUCAUGGUCUACAUUAGUAUCUGCUCUUUGCUGGGGAGUUUCACCGUGCCUUCCACCAAGGGCAUCGGGCUGGCAGCCCAAGACAUCUUCCACAACAACCCAUCCAGUCAACGGGCACUCUGCCUGUGCCUGGUGCUCCUCGCCGUGCUUGGUUGCAGCAUCAUUGUCCAGUUCAGGUACAUCAACAAGGCACUUGAGUGCUUCGACUCCUCUGUGUUCGGGGCCAUCUAUUACGUCGUAUUCACCACCCUCGUCCUGUUAGCCUCGGCCAUCCUCUUUCGGGAAUGGAGCAAUGUGGGCCUGGUGGACUUCUUGGGUAUGGCCUGUGGGUUCACUACUGUCUCUGUUGGGAUUGUCCUUAUACAGGUGUUCAAAGAGUUCAAUUUCAACCUUGGGGAGAUGAACAAAUCUAAUAUGAAAACAGACUAGGAUGCAACAGGGGGGUGGGUGGCUCAAGGAAUAGGAAAUGGAUGUGGUUUCUGGUCCUAAUUUGAUGUGAAGUAGAAGAGACCUUAAUCACUGGUAUUAAAGUUGCUUGCAUAUUAAUGGGUGGUCUGGUGGACAGUAGGGAGCAUCGCUCAGCAUCCAAGUAGGGGCCCAGCCCUCUGCAGUCUAAAGUUGCUAAAUGGUUGUCUGGGCAUCAUCUCUCUCUGAUGAGAGGAAUCUCAUGUUCAUUGCCAUUAACCUGGAAGCUUUCAUGAAUACUAUUUCCUUUAACAAUAUUUUAACAUUAUUUAAUAGAAGAUAAAGUUGGGCUCUUUCCGGUUAGUCUUUGCAGGGGAGCAGAUAUUGUUACUUAGAAGAUUACUUUGGAAAUGGGGAAAAUUGUUGUCUUACAGUCUGACUAUACAGUAAAUGUGUCUGUAGUUGUGUUAUUUUGCAUUAAGCAUGUAUAACAUUCAGGUACCUCAUCCAAAUAAGAAGUAUAUACAUUUAAUUGUUUUUAAUCUGCUAAUGAGCUGACUCUCCCACCUCCUACUCCAAGACAUUUUAAUUGAACAUAGAGAGAGAAUGAGUGGACAUGAUGCAGAGUUCCAUUUAUAGGAUGACUUUCAAUAGCUCAAAUCAAUUUCAGUGCCUUUAUCACUUGAACUCUUCACUUAAUUUGACUAUUACUAUGUGUAUGUUCUCUUAGAAUAACUCUUUGAUUAUACUUUAAUAUUUCACUAUUCAAAAUAUAAAUGUAUACAGCAGUUAGAAAUAACAGUAUAUUCAUUUGUUGGAAGAAAGUCACAGUGAAAGACACAUAAGAGCAAAUUGACCUUUUUAGCAUGUAUUUAUUGUCCAAUUAAAGACAGUUGACUUAAGUAGCAUAAGGUAUUUUAUUUGUAUUUAAUCUAUGUAACUGGGACCCAGUAUCAAAUAUAUCCACAUUCUCUUUCAGUGACCAUUGUGGCCAUUCCAAAGAAAUAAAUUAUUCAACUUGAUAAUAAGGUUGUUAGAUGAGAGAGUAACUGUUCAAUAGCACAUAUAUCAGGUUCCCUAUAAUACAGGAACAGGUUAAAAGACACAGUCAAGCUCAGGCAAGUUUCUGAAAAUUGGAACAUACAAAGUAAGUUUUCAAAAGAAUUUCUACUAAAAUGAAAACAAUUAAUUUAGCCAUCUCCCUGUUGUUUGAGAUGGCAGAGCACCCUACAAUUCCUCACCCAACCUCUCAUUAAUCUUCUGAAAUGCAAAAUAGCCACUAAAUAUGCCAAUAUUUGGAUCAAAGAGAUCAUUUGUCUGUUUAUAGUAACCUCCUAUGUAUAGUAAGUGGGAGCAAAGCACAAAGUGAUGCAAGUUGUUUCAUCAAGAUAUCAUGUACUUCAUAUGCAAUGUUUUAUCUAAUAGGGAACUGUGCCAAGUUGGAAAAUGGGAUUGGGUAAGGCAGAAUUAGUGAACUAGAAUAUCACAUUUAAUAAUACCCAAUUAAAGUUACUCACUAAGGAAAAAAAUAUUUUUUCAGGCAAAAAGAGCAUUUCUAAAUACCAAAGAAAUUGUUCCCUAAAGUGUGGGGAGGCUAAAUAAAAGGCUAAAUAAAAGAGGCUAAAUAAAAUGAGGAUAGUUUAACAUACAGUGAAGAACACCUUUAUGAAUUAAAAGUACAUAUGAUGGCAUGAGUUGUCAGUGAUUAGUGAACUAAGAGCAGCAACAAAAUUGUUUAAAAAAUUUUUAAUCUUACAUUAACUGACAGUUAAUAAAUACUCAAAAAGUCCCUCACUUUUUUUUUUAUCAGCUCCUAAAGAUUUGGUUUUUUUAUUAUCAGGUAUUUUUAGGAAUGCAAGCCUUAAUUUAUUGAACUGAACUUUCUGAAAAUAUCAUGUAGCAGUGUCAGUAUAAUAGUUUCCUACAUAAGGAGUUUGAGACAUUAAAAGAAUACAUGUGGUGAACAAAAGUAUACUGAGAAAGUUCAUGUGUCUUAAGGAAAUUAUCUUGUUUAUUUUGUUACAGCUUACAGUUGAAGCUUAGUUUAAAUUCAUCUAUUAGUGUUCCUCAUUAUAUUUUAGUUCAUGGUUACACCAUGGAUACUCAGCAGUGGUAUUUUCUGGAUGAUCAUCCCUGUUUUGUUUUGUUUUGUUUAUAGCAAAACAAAAUCUGAAAGUAGUAAUAGCUGAUCUCCUCUUAAGGAUGACUUGUUCUGGAACAGUUGGACUCUCCCAGGUUUAGCAGAUUAUUUUGGUGGGAUGCACAGCUUUCCUUCCAGUGGGACAAAGUUCUUAGGAUUGUAUUUCAAGUGUGUGACUCUAGCCUCAAAUGGACAUGACCAGCAGUCUAAAGAGCCCAAUUUUCAAGUUUGACAUAGAGCAUAUAACUUCUGAUUUAAUAAUAUAUAUGUAUUUUUUAUACAUUCAUGUUUUCAUAAUUCAUUUGGAAUUGCAAAGAAAAAAAAGGCCUCAAAGUGAGAGUUUGGGAGGAGCUAGAAUGGGAAUGGGUCUCAUUGGUCUCUCCAAAAGUAAAUACAUAUGAAACAUUUUCAUGAUUAUACUAUUUCUUGGGCUUUAUCUCUGAUAAACUAAGAAGAAAUUUACCUACCGCCUACUUGUUUUCAAGCCUCUCUAAAAUCUUAUAUUUCUGAUCACAAUUUGCAGAUUUACUCUGGAUACUUAAAUAAGCUGUUUCUCUCCUCUACUACUUGGACAAUGCUUUGUUUUUUCAUCUGAAUCUUUGCAUUUGAAAAGAUUGCUUUCUGUUUUGCUAAUUGAUCAAGUGUAGGGCCUAUUAAGGAUUCUGAGACCACCCUGGGCAUUUUGUUCUUCUAGGGGACUAUUCCAUCUCUGUAGAGAAGGUCCUCGAGAGGAAGGGCGGUCUGCUUCUUGCCACACAUGGAAUAAGAACUGCUCAUAACUCGUUCUUCAGUCAGAUGUCACUAUAGUAUUUUCACAUUAGAUUGUUAGUGAAAUACACUUUGCUGCUCUUGGUUCAGCAAUAAGAAAUAUUCUUUCAAUUCCUACUUUUCAAGUCAGUUUGUUAUACUCAAUAUUAUUUCCAGAAGUUCAUUCCAGCUGUAGUAGGUUGGUCUUUGUUCUUUUUCUUUGGGUUUCAUGUCUGUCAGAACACUAUUAACGUGUACAGUCACCCCUCAUCUUCCUUCUUCCUUGACAGCUUCACUCUUUGUAAAUACUGUGCUCACUUCUAGAAGCUAGUUCCUAGACAUUUGUAAAGCACUGAUAUGCAGUGUCUUCCAGGUGUAGACAAGCACUUUGGUCCAUGGAGACCAAAGGUAUUGAUGGCUGCAUAGUUCUUAUUGGGAGAUGGUACCUCUCUUUUCCAAGCUGCUCAACUAAUCUAGAAUAGUGGAGAAAGUGCUCCAAUUGUCUACAGAGCCAUGGCCAUUGCUCUUUUUUGAUGCCUACGUGAUCCUGACUUAGACCUCUUAUGACCGAGUAGGAAACUGGAAAGAGAAAAAUGCUUCAAUUUAGAUCUGUUCAUGACUGUCUGAUUGGUUCCAGUGGUCUGAAGGAGUUAUCCUUCUCACUGUGUUUGAAACCAAGGAAGUAGUUCACCCAUCAAGCAGGAUUAGAUGGAAUCUUGGUGUUCCGCCUUCUCAGGGACCAAAAAUGUAACAUUAACAACUUAGUAUUGACCUUCUUCCCAAGGACAUGUCCAUGUUAGUUUUUCAUAUGUUUUACUCAUAGUCAUAGCUAGAAGCCUGUUAACUUGAGUUGGAAAGAGAAAAGAUCAAGUUGCACACCAGUCACACCAUAAAACAGUUUAUCAUAUAAAAUACCUCAAUUUUCUGUAUUCCUCACUUCCACCUCACAGUUGUACUGGUGAUGAAUUUUAAGGGUCUGUCCUUUAGUUUAUUGGUGAUUUUUCACAUCUGGCCAGAUUCUUAUACCUCCAUCAUAUACUUGAAAAGAUUAAGAAUUAUAGGAAUGAGAAUGAGAAUUUGGCUCAGUAUCACUACUUGUUUAUUUUCAUAUACAUUUCUCACAUGCUGUGAAAUGCAACAAGAGAAUUAUAUUUUAAGAAAUGUAACUUUAUGUUACAUCAAAAAUUAUUGUGUAGUAAAAAGUUGAUACUCAGUAGAACAAUGAUCAUGUAAAUAAAUCUAUUUCAGAUGUACCCAAUGUGAUAAAAAGCAUUGUCUAGGACCCCAGAGCAUGAGCCAGGGAGAAAGAUUUAUUUGUUCUUUUCUCUAUUUUUCCUUGAAUUGUGCAACUAUAGGUGAGUCACUUAACCUUUCUGUGCCUCAGUUUCUCUACCUCUAAAGGGGUGAGAUGGUUCUCCAAAUCACCUGUUUUAGAGCACUCACACUUUUAGCGUGUGCUGGUAGCCUCAGACAAGAGUGUUAUGUGUAGGAUUGCUCUGGAGUGGUGAAGUGGAAACUCAGCUUGCACUGGGCAUCCUGUAUGCUCAGGACUGUGCUUUAGACAUGCAGCUUCAAGCACUGAGUAAGCAAAGGAAGUGCUGGGUGUAAAGUUUGCACGAUUCCAUGAAGCUUUAAUUUUUCUUUUUUCUUUUUUUUUUUUUAAGGAAGGCUUUUAUAUAUUCUAUUAUAAAACGUGAAGGUUAAACAGGGACUUUUAAAAGCUGCACUGAAAGAUCACAUUCUGAUGAUGUGAUAAGAUUUUCUGACAUUCUGCAUAUGUUUAUGUUCUGCAGAAGAUUCAAUGACCUGUGAACCAGAUUGAUUCUGUUGUGUUAAAUUUGUUAGGAAUGAUGCUGAACUUCCUGCUUCCAAGCAGCUCAACCCUGACCAUGAAUUACCUGACACCAGGUAAAUGUCAGGAGUUCCCAAACCACUAGUGCCAAAAGGUCACGUUGAAAAGUUUCUUUUCUUUGUCAGAAUGUACUAAUUCCCUCCCCCCACCUCUAUGUCAGUGUUUUUGCACUUUGGAAUAAUUUAAAGGUACUGUUUUCCAGUAGCAUUCCUGAGUGUUGUUGCCUUUUUAAAUGACAACUAUUACUUUCUUGUAAAAUGGAAUAUAAUCGUGAAACAGAAGAAGACUAGAUAAAAAAUGUAAAAUGUUGAUUGACUGCAUAAGUUUUUUCCUGUAAAUGUAUCAGGGGAGCUUCCAAUUAGCAUACAUACACACAUUUGUCAAUGGCUAAGACUUGCUUAUCUUUUGCUUUAUAGAAAUAGUCAUAGCAUGUUGUAAUUGCCUUAUGUAAAUAAAAAAGGCUAUUUAUUAAGUUUUCCAAUAAUAUUUAUUAAUCUGUAUGUGUUUUAAAAUAAAAUAACUUAUUUCUAGCUGAA